GUUCGCGUUCGGUCGUCAGCCGUGGAGUCGUUCGGCGGUGGGUAGAGGGGUCACGUUCCGACCGGGGAGCAUGCGUGGUACUGCGGCACGUACGCAAACGCUGUAUACUAAUAAUAAUAAUAUACAAUAAUAACAACGCGACGAUCUUAUAAUAAUAACAAAUAACCAGGAAUAAUAAUAAUUGUAUAUUGUUUUUUAAAAUUAUAAUAUUGUAUAAUAGUUGUACAGCCGUACAGGUACCGGAUGGAACGCUACAAUAUUAUUAAUACAUUGGCGGACUGGUGUACAGAACACUGUAUUACAAUAAUUAAUUGUAUACGCGUCGUGUAUUAUGUCGUAAUGUUCUAGAUUUGUUUAGAGUAGUAUUAUACCCGAAUACGAGGAUUUUUGUUCGUAUUAUUAGCAUUUCAUUUAUUCUGUGUUAUUAGUAUAAUAUUAUACCCGUAAAAUCGUACAUUGAAUACAAUAAUACAAACAGUACAACAUUGUACGCACAUCAGCUGCUGCUGACGUACCUAAUAGGCACUACCUAUACGAUGUAAACUGAAAAGCAGUCGUUUAAAGGCGUUUAAAUAAUAAGCAACGUCGUAGUGUUCGCUGUAUACCUAGCUAUACGACUACGUUAUGUUUAUAACAUUAAUGUUAAGAUUACACUCGUGUCGUGUAUGAACACGGGAGACGGCACCUAGUUGCGGACAGAGUCCGAACGAUUAGAGUGACCAUCACACUCCGACACUCGGGCUCUGGCCUCUGACACUAUCGUCUAUCAGUAUUCAGUACGACUUUUGCUGGUGAACCGGUACGCAUACGGCACCGUGCUCGCUGGAAUCAUGCGAGUCGUAGAAGAAAUGAUUGCAGCGCUGUUCCUCCUGUGCUCGUCGGCCACGUCCAGCACGGUAUUCGAGUUGUCAUUGGACUCGUCUCACUGGCGCUUCGCUAACAGGAAUACCAGUGUCUUUGGAACAGGCCGUGUGCCCGGCGGAGUGUUCGCCGACUUGCGAUCCAACGGCGUACUGAACGAAGAUCCGUUACGCCGGUACAACGACGUAGCAUACCGAUGGGUAUCCGAGGACGAUUGGAUUUACUCCGCGACUUUUAAAGGUGAGGGAGCAGGACCCGUUCACAAAUAAUUUCGUCUGAAUGCGCGGGCCUAA